AUGGAGAACAGCACACAGUUGGUCAAUCACACUGGAGAAUUUGAUUUCAUCCUGUUGGGACUCUUCAGUCAAUCUAAACAUCCCACUCUGCUCUGUGUGGUCAUUUUUGUGAUUUUCCUCAUGGCCUUAUCUGGGAAUGGCAUCCUCAUCCUCCUAAUACACUCUCAUGCUCACCUCCAUACUCCUAUGUACUUUUUCAUCAGUCAAUUGUCUCUGAUGGAUGUGAUGUACAUUUCUGUUACUGUGCCCAAGAUGCUCAUGGACCAAGUCACAGGUAUCAAAAAGAUAUCAAUCCCUGAAUGCGGGAUACAGAUGUUUCUCUAUGCGACACUAGUAGGAUCAGAAUUUUUCCUUCUAGCUGCCAUGGCCUAUGACCGUUACAUGGCCAUCUGCCAUCCACUCCGUUACCCUGUCCUUAUGAACCAAAGGAUAUGUAUUCUCCUAGCAUCUGGCUGCUGGUUCCUGGGCUCAGUGGAUGGCUUUAUGCUCACUCCCAUCACCAUGACAUUCCCCUUUUGCAGAUCCAGGGAGAUUCAUCACUUUUUCUGCGAGGUCCCUGCCAUAAUGAAGCUCUCUUGUUCUGACACUUCACUAAUUGAGACACUCAUGUACCUGUGCUGUGUCCUCAUGCUCCUCAUACCUGUGAUAGUAAUUUCAAGUUCCUACUCUUUCAUCCUCCUUACCAUCCAUAAGAUGAAUUCAGCAGAGGGCCGGAAGAAGGCCUUCACCACCUGUUCCUCCCACAUGACUGUGGUCACUCUCUUCUAUGGGGCUGCCAUCUACACCUACAUGAUCCCCAGCUCCUACCACACCCCGGAAAAAGACAUGGUAGUAUCUUUCUUUUACACUAUCCUCACUCCUGUACUAAACCCUUUAAUCUAUAGUCUUAGGAAUAAGGAUGUUAUGGGAAUUGUAAAGAAAUUAUUCACUAUGAAAGUGUGA